AACAUGCAUUUUCGACGUCAAAUUGUCAAACUCAACUAUUCUGUUGUCAUCUUCUUGUUCAAUCCUAUUAUUCGGUUAAAUUGCUUAAAUAUUGCUGUAGCGACAAUAAAAUAGUGAAAAAUAAAAUAAAUCCUAAGUAUUCGUCAAACUUUUUGACUAAGAUUUCCUGAUUAAAUUGAAUUAUGGAUCGUCUGCUUCGUCUUGGUGGAGGUAUGGCAGGCUUGUCUCAAGCGCCGCCUCCCACAGAUGCUCCCGUGGUUGAUACGGCGGAACAAGUGUACAUUUCGUCAUUAGCCCUACUUAAAAUGCUCAAACAUGGUCGAGCUGGUGUUCCUAUGGAGGUUAUGGGACUUAUGUUGGGUGAAUUUGUUGAUGACUACACUGUGCGUGUGAUUGAUGUGUUUGCUAUGCCCCAAACUGGUACCGGUGUGUCUGUGGAGGCUGUGGAUCCAGUGUUCCAAGCUAAAAUGUUGGAUAUGCUGAAGCAAACUGGCAGGCCAGAGAUGGUUGUUGGAUGGUAUCACUCCCAUCCUGGAUUUGGCUGUUGGUUGUCUGGUGUUGAUAUUAACACACAGCAAUCUUUUGAAGCUUUAUCAGAGAGAGCUGUUGCUGUAGUCGUUGAUCCAAUCCAGUCAGUCAAGGGAAAAGUAGUGAUUGACGCGUUCCGUCUAAUCAACCCCAACAUGAUGGUCCUCGGCCAGGAACCAAGGCAAACCACAUCCAAUCUGGGACAUUUACAAAAACCCUCUGUACAAGCUCUCAUCCACGGUCUAAACCGACACUACUACUCCAUAAGCAUAAACUACAGAAAGAACGAACUAGAACAGAAAAUGCUCCUGAAUCUUCACAAAAAGUCCUGGAUGGAUGGACUCACUCUCUCCGACUAUAAAGAACAUUGCAAAAUCAAUGAAACAACAGUCACAGAUAUGUUGGAUCUCGCUAAGAAUUACAAUAAGGCCCUUGAAGACGAAGAGAAGAUGACUCCAGAACAGCUAGCUAUUAAAAAUGUCGGCAAACAAGACCCCAAGAGGCAUUUAGAAGAGAAAGUCGAUGUUCUGAUGGCUAACAACAUUGUUCAGUGCCUAGGCGCCAUGCUCGAUACUAUGGUGUUCAAAUGAUUAUUAUAAGAAAUUUUAUAUUUAUGAUCUUAAGGUAAAUAAUGCAGUGGCACAGUAAGGGUUUGAGCCUUGUUUGUUUCUAUUUCCAGAAUGAUUUUCCACAAUGUUACUUAUGUAUUAACACUAAGUACCUUACAUAAAUAAACAAAUUCCUUUUUUAA